CUUCAGAGAGAGGAAGGGAGAGAGACAGUUAGGAAGCAGAGGACUCAGGAGGCACUUUUUAUUGCUGUCACACCGCUUAGCGAAAAAGAGAAAAAAAACUUCCUUUUUGCCAUUUUUUUCUCCUACUCUAUCACUUCAUAUAUAUAUAUUUCCUUAUUUCCUUUCUUUCGCUCUCUCUCCCUCUGUUGCCUGUUGUGUAUUUCCUCUCUGCCUGUGGUUACAGCAGGAGCAGGAGGAGACGCAGGAGCAGGAGCAGGAGCAGGAGCAGCGGCCGUGGGAGUUUUGGGGCUCCGAGAGGCUGGUCAGGGUAGAGGGGAACGCCGGAGAAAGCAGUUUAUUUUUUUUCGGGGGGAAAGAAAGAGGGGAGAAGAGCACUUAUCUGAAAACGGACAACAGGAUGAGUGGGUGAGAGAGCGAAAGAGAGAGGAAAAGAGAGGAGGGAGGGAGCAGGUCAUCCAUCCCAGAGCUGACAUGGAGGGUAGCCUGACUUUAGCCCUCCUGUGUUGUAACUGGGGCUAGCCUCAGAGAAAGAGAGAGAGAAAGAGAGAGAGAGAGAUAGAGGGAGAGAGCGAGAAAGAGAUAGAGAGAGAGAAGGAGUCCACAUUCUCCUCUUUUGAGCGCGGGAGAGAGCGUGAGGCAAGGGUCCGUAACACUGGAGCUCAAGGACAAGCCAUGGACUCUGCACACUAUCUACAACGCCUGGACGUCCACCAUGUUCCCUGCUAGCCUCCUGGUCCUCCUGAUGAUCCUGCUGCUACCUCACGCCUCAUUGGGUCGCCAGGGGCAGGAGGAUGCCGGCCAGGCCAACGUCGACCCAUCGGCGCCGGCGCUGGAGUCCACACUGGCCCAGACCAUCCAGAACCUGCUGCUGAGCCGCCUGGGCCUGCAGUCCCACCCGGACCCCCGGCCCGGCGCCGCCGUGCCCCAGUACUUGUUGGACCUGUACCAGUUCCACUCGCAGCAGUAUCACCUCAUCCAGGACCCGCACUUCAGCUACCCCAGCCAGCACGUGCAGGGGGCCAACACCGUACGCAGCUUCCAGCACUCAGAGACCAGAGAUCCUGAUGGAGACCCAUCAGAAGCAGACCGGGUUCUCAUCUCCUUCAACAUGUCAUCCAUCCCGGAGGAUGAGAGCAUUGUGUCGGCAGAACUCCGGUUCCUUCGCGGCCCCGUGGAUGCUGAGGGCUCUCACAGGGUCAGCCUGUACAUCUCCGAGGGCCACACUGACCCAGGGCCCCGUCUGCUGGAGUCCCGCCGGCUGACCGCGCAGGACACCCCCAACCGCUCAGCAUCCUGGGAAACCUUCAGCCUGGCCAAUGAGCUGUUCAUGCAGCAGGCGCUGAGCGGGCGGCCAGGGAGCCUGACCUUCCUGUUAGAGGUCACCACUGAGGAUCCUGCCGACAACGCCACACGGAAGAUUCCCAAGGACACCCUGGAGGGUACCAGACUGCCUGGAAGAAAAGGGGAUGGCAGGCAGAGCCGCCUGAGGGUGAGGCGAGCGGCCGGGCAGGACGAGCACAGCUGGGCACACCAGCGCCCCCUGCUGGUGACUUACAGUCAUGAUGGCAGAGGUCAGCCACUGGUCCCCCGUGGCAAGAGGAUCCCUCCGCAGGGGCGUGGUUCGAGGGGGGCAGGAAGGAAGGGGUCCAGCCGAGGGGGAAAAGGGGGACGUGACCGCGACCGUGACCGCAGCCGGGAGAGAGAUCGAGAUCGAGAUCGUGAUCUCUACCCUGAGCGCUCCUCUGAGUCGGACUGGCGUGGGGACUGGUGGUCAGAGCGGCGCGUGAAGCGCAACGGGCGGCGGGCGGCCAAGCUGAAGCACCUGUCACGGGCCCGCUGCCGCCGUCACCCGCUCUACGUGGACUUCAAGGACGUGGGCUGGAACAAGUGGAUCGUGGCGCCGAGCGGCUACGACGCCUUCUUCUGCCUGGGCGAGUGCCGCUUCCCGCUGGCCGACCACAUGAACUCGUCCAGCCACGCCAUGGUGCAGACACUGGUCAACUCAGUCAACGGCGCCGUGCCCAAGGCCUGCUGUGUGCCCACCGCCCUCAGCCCCAUCGCCAUGCUCUACCUGGACCAGCACGACCGCGUGGUGCUCAAGAACUACCAGGACAUGGUAGUGGAGGGCUGCGGCUGCCGGUAGCGGGAGGAAGGAACGAACCGAGCGAGUGGAGGGAGGGAGGGAGGAUAUGAGGGAUGCAUAGAGGAGAGAAGAGAAUGAGUAGAUGAGACGGGGGAGAAGGAGCAUGAUGGAGAAUGGUGAAUGAAACUGGGAGAGUAAGAGAGUGGAGAUGAUCAAGUGGAAAAAGUGAGUUGCUGAAGAGGCGAGUGAUACAGAAAGAGAGAGAGUGAAAGAGAGAAAGAGAGGGAAAUAGAGGCAGAGAUCAAAAGUCAUAAAGGGACCAAACGCGCUGGGAUGCAGAGUUCCCAUCUCAAUGACCAAGUCUUCCCACAACCCAAUGCCUCCUCAGGCACUAACUUCCUGUCUCUUUCUCCAUCGUCCCAAAGUUUCACCUUCAACCAAACAGCAAGAAGCUAGGCUCACCCUCUCUCUCUUUCUCUCUCUCUCUUUCUCUCUCUCUCUCUCUCUCUCUCUCUCUCUCUCUCUCUCUCUCUCUCUCUCUCUAUCUAUCCCAUCCUCCAAUCCAUCGCCUCCAGUAUAACCUCUAUCAGUGCCCUGUCUGUGUUGUGGUAAGAUCCGUGUUUACAUUGCCUUGUAUACUGUGCUCCACUGCCACUCUGAACCUUCUCCCGUUCCUUGGCUCUCCUCACACCAGCAUCACGCCAGUCUCACUGGAGACCUCAGCGGUUUAAGCGCUUAUUAGUCCUGUACCCCUGGGCCUUAAGAGGAAAAACACAUAAAUAGGAAAACAAAACAAAAUGGCUGCUGAUGACCAGAGUGGAAACUAUCUGCACCGCUUGAAGGACAGUUUACUGUGUUGCUGCUCCAGCGAGAUGAGAGAGGCUAAAACCUCAGAAGAAGAAGAACAACAACAACAAGAACAAACAAACAACAAAAAAAUGACUGUCAGCAGUAAGCUUCAUGCUAUUCUAUAUUUAAAACCACAACAAUAAUACUGGGAACAGACUAGGCUGUUGUUUAAGUGUACAGUUGCUAUUGUUAUUAUUUAAUUUUUUUUGUUGAUGAAGAUGUCGUAAUCUUUUGCAAUCAAAGAAUUCACAUUACUUAAAAAAAACGUUAAAACGUUAUAAAAAAACAAGAUAAGUAAAGCUAUUUCUUUUUUAAAGUGGUCUUAAGAGUAAAUCUAAUUUAAAAGUCUUUACAAAUUCAUUUAUGUAUUUAAAUAGCAAAUAUGAUGUAUGUAAUCCUGUAUUGAAGAUGUCUGUCUCACAAAGCCUUACUGACGUGCACAGCUUGGCCAAUUUCGCAAAUGUCAACACUGCAACACACACCCAACCAAAAUAUGGAGUCAUAGUGACUUUACACUCAUAUUAACUGACAUACCACUAGUGUGCAUGUUUCCAUACGGAUUUCAUCUAGGUUGAGAUUGCCAGUAUUGUGCAUCUGUGGAAACUGUAAAGCUAAGGCAACCCAGUCAUACAAAACAUCACUUACGCAGCUGUGAUCGACUUGUUGCUUUUGAGAUUGUAAUCUAUUCAAUUGUGUGGCAUUUUACCAUCAUGUCGUUAUCACGCACAAAAAAAGUGACUAAAGUGUUACCAAUUGACUUGGUAAGAAUUCUCAUCUGAGUUAAGUAUAUUUUGGUGGUAUGUCAAAAACUUGUGAGAAAGGGAUAAUUUAAACCACAGUCUAUAAAAAGUCGAUACAUUUGACGUUGUCUAAACAUUGUGUGAUGUGUAAUAAACUAAAUCAAGCAAGCACCACAA